AUGGCUCCUACCCCGGAGGAUGCCGUCUUUGCAAUUUCGGCCCAGGCAACUCAGCUGGGCAAUCGCAUCUCUGUUCGGAUGCUCGACUACCUAAGUACGGUUCACGACAUCCCAGAGGGCUUCGGAGAUCUCUCAAGAGUCUUUCUCGAUACAUGUCGCUCCUUGUGGACAAUCGAAGCUGGCCUCAGUGAGUCAACAACAGCGAAUCGGCCGCUGCCCAGAAUAAUUGUUCAGGAGGUGGAGAAGAAGUUCAUCGAGGCGUACCGGGACUUUCAGCACCUGGACCGAGUCGUGACCAAACUGAUCCAGUAUGAACACCGUGGCGCACUGGGAAAGUUACAAAAGGGAUGGAAUCGACCAAGCCACGAGCUGGGCAAGAUCCGGGAAUCGCUCAAGAAAACCAUGGAGGCUUUACAGAUCAGUGUCCUGGCUUUCCACUGGUCCCUUGGCGAUGCUAAGCCGGAAGAAUCAGUGGGAGUCGGAUACGCAGGGCUCGCUGCAGCACUCGAUCGGAUGGCGAAGGGGCGAUCGGUGACUGGAAUCAACAAGGCGAAGACACUAGAACGCGGGAUCGCCGAAAUGAAGCAAUCGUCGCAGGCUGUAAAAACAGCGCCCGCUGGUCCUCCUCCCUCGAGGCCUGUUCCACCAGUGCCACCGAAGCCAUCGUCUAGCCAGGACGAUGUCAGCAGAGAUCCCGGCUGCAGUCGGGGUGGAACACUAGUCGAGCCAAUGCCAGAAACCCUAUCGUCCGUCCUAUCACUGGAUUCCCUCUCACUGUCGAGCUCUCACCACGGCAGGGAUCUAGAGUUAUCACAGAUCAGGACUCGCAAUACAACCAGCAAAGGAGAAGACCGCCCCCACCUCCAGAGCUCUUCGGCCUCAACUUUAGCUCAGGAUAUGGAUACAAAUCCUAGUUCUGUCCUCCCAAGUAAAGCAUCAUACCGGAAACAUGAUCUCCCUAGCAUGCCACAACGGACACCGAGUAAUACCAGCGCUGCAAAUGUUGGUCAUCUUAAGAAUGCUUUGGCAUCUGCCGUCAGGGCGAGAAACCAUCAAUUGAUGGAGCAGCUCCUGGAUAGUGGCGUAUCACCGGAUAUGGGAGAGAAUACACAUCCACUGAAUGAAGCAAUCCUGCACCGUGACAUUGAAGGAAUGCGUCUUCUUCUGCUCUUUGGAGCCAACCCGAACGCACCAGAUAAAGAAGGAAAGUCGCCACUCUUCUCUGCUGUAGAAGGAUCAUUCAUGGAUGGUGCGACCUUGCUGUUAAAAUACCGUGCAGACCCAAGUCUCAUGACCGGAACUGAGCUCGAGUCUCCACUUGGCUUGUGCAUCACGAGCCUGAAGACGGGUCUCGUCCAUGUCCUACUUGCCCAUGGAGCAGAUCCCAAUCAUGAGAUGAGGAAUGGCAGCACAGUGCUAAUUGAAGCUAUCCGGAAGAAAGCUCCUCAACGGCUUGUCGAUCUGAUCUUGGAUGCCGGCGCGGAUCCUAACCUGAAGAGCAGGGAAGGAAAGUCGGCGUUAUUUGAAGCAGUCCAAGCCGACCAGGUGACGAUAGUGACAACCCUCUUAGAUCAUGGAGCGAAUCCAAACCUCCCUGGACCGGAACAUGUGCUUUGGUCAGCCAUCUAUCGGCCGGCAUGUUUGCGAAUCCUGAUGGCCCGUGGCGCCGAUGUCCGAAAGACCCCGGGUAUUAUGGAACAGGCAACAAGCAUCAACAACAUUGAUUCGGUGCGAAUCCUACUACAAGCUGGCGUUGACCCCAACUCUAAAAAGGAUGGAAUUUAUACGCCGUUAUGCUCCGCGAUCCGUGACAAUCGGGGGGAUAUCUUUGCGCUUUUGCUGGCCAACGGCGCGAACCCCAAUGUCAUGGCCUCCGAGUACCCGGCGUGGAAGUGUGUUACUCACUUCCGGACACACCUUCUGCCCGAUCUCGUUGAUGCCGGCGCAGACCUCCACCAGCCACCGGGCAUCGUCGAAAUGGCUGUGCAAGCCAACAACGCAGAGGCGGUGCAGUGGUUAUUGGAGCACGGCGGGGCGAACCCGAACGAUCGCAAUGCCCAAGGACACACAGCACUGACGACGGCGAUUCGCGAUAACCGCGUCGACCUAAUGGCUCUCCUGCUCGCCCAUGGGGCAGAUCCCAACCAGCGUGGCCAAGACUGGCCCGUGUGUAUGGCGGUCCGGUCUCCGAUACUCCUGCAACAGCUCCUUCCCGCCGUGACAGAUCUGUCGGCGCACAAAGGAGUCAUGGAGAUGGCCGUGUUGGCGAAUCAGUUAGAGAGUAUCAAGUUGCUGCUAGCUGCGGGGGCCAGCGUCGAGUACAAGAAUGGCGGCGUUUUCUCUCCGUUAACGACAGCGCUUCGCGAGCAUCACGAAGACAUUGUGCGGUUUCUGCUGGAUGAAGCCGGUGCAGAUCCCAAUGCGCCCGGCGAGCAUCUUCCCAUUGUCAAGGCGGUCCGUAGAUGCAACAAUGGGGACUUCAAGAUGAUUGAGUUGCUGCUCGAGAAGGGCGCAGAUCCGAACAAGACCUAUCGGGAGUGGAAUGCGAUAAUGCAGGCCAUCGAGAAUAGAGACAUGAAGCUUCUUCGUCUUCUGGUAGAAAAGGGCGGAGGUGUCGAUCUUGAAAAGGAAGAUGAGACUGUCAACGUCGGAAGAUUCAUUCCUGAAACCUGCCAAUGA